AUGUACUUCUCCAAGUCUCUUAUGCUGCUGGCAGCUUUCACCACCGGUGUUUUCGCCCUUCCUCAGGGUAACGCCCGUCGCCAGGCUACCGCCACCAGCAGCGCCGCUUCUUCUUCUUGGACCGCCGUCCCUUCUACCAGCAGCUACUCCACCUCCGGCUUCGGUGCUAGCACCAGCUCCUCCGGCAGCGGCGAUACCUACAUCGGUAACGUCGGCAACCCCUACGGUAGCAACAUCAUUGAGGUUUCCGAGUCCGACGCCAGCAACUACGAGUACGUAAUUCAGUUCUCUGGCGACAACACCGAUGACUGGACCGUUGUUAUCUGGAACAAGUAUGGCGACGAUGGCAAGAUGGACGGCUUCUAUGGCAACGCUUGCCAGACUUUCACUCUUUCGGCCGGUGCUACCAAGUACUACGCUUUCGAUACCGAUUCCCAGGGUGGCUGGGCCGCCGCGGAGGGCUCCUCUGUCCCCACUAGCAGCUCUGGUGCCUACGCCUCCACCUGGGGUGAGUUUGACUUUGGCUCCACUACCAACAACGGCUGGUCUGGUUUCGAUGUCUCUGCCAUUCAGGCUCAGAAUGCCGGUCUUACCGUUCAGGGUAUGAAGAUCUGUGAUGCUCUUAGCGGCACCUGCUCUUCCAUCACUACCGAUGCUGGUACCGUUGACAACGCCUACACCAGUGCUGAGACUGAUGUCGGUGGUAUUGGUGGCAACAUCUCCUCCGGUCCCGUUCGUCUCGCUGUCACUAUUGACUACAGCGGAUAG